AUGCAGUCUGCGCUCGAUUUUACACCUGGCCCCGUACCGGUGGCACUCUCGCGCUCCCACUCGAACUCGUCCUCGCCGCACUCGCGCCCGCAAUCCUCCCACGGCCUGAUCCCUAACAUGGACGACCACCUCUACCGGCCCGCGUACCCGCCUGGGCGCGCGCUCGCCAACGACCACACCCGCACGUCCUCCCACUCCUCCGCCUACUCGUUCGCGUCCACCGACCUCCAGAGCCCCGCAGACUCGCCCCCCUCGUACACACAGCCCAAACCCCACCUGCGCUCGUCCCACAUCCGCGCACGCGUCGCCGCCUCGCCCUAUCCCCGUGACGCAGAGAGCGUGCACUCGUCCUCGUCCGAAACAGAGGACAUUUCCAUGUACCUGUCCGCCCCGGAUCCCGCCGAUUACCAUGCCAUGUUCGCGCCCGGCCCCGUCAUCCACGGCCACGACAAUCCCCCGAUGCUCCAUCACCAGCAGCAACAGUACGGCAGGAUGGGGGGCAUGCAGAUGGGAAACGACCACACGCUCGAGAAGCUGGCCGCAAACGUCCGCGCGGCGACGACGACGAGUGCGUCGGAUCGCGCCAAACAGAUCUUCGUCCAGGCCUGGCUCACCGGCAACUACGCGCCCUACCCCGACGGCAACGUCCCCCGCCAGGGCCUCUACUUUUCCUACCGCAGGGUCUGCGAGCAGUAUGGCAUCCCGCACAUCAACACGGCCACCCUGGGCAAGGCCAUCAGGCACUGCUUUCCCACCAUCAAGACGCGCCGGUUGGGCGUAAGGGGAAACUCGAAAUACCACUACUGCGGCAUCCGUCCCGCGACGUCGGCAGAGGCCGAGUUCCUGCAGGACUACAUUCGCAAGAGCAACAACACCGCCGCACAGCAGUCCGUCAACGCCGCCCGGAUCGCGAGCGAGCAGGCAGAGUCGGGCGGCUUCAAGCACGAGGACCGCUCGGACGAGGACGAAGACGACGAUAUCUCCGAGGCGCCUUCUUCCAAGCGCAACUCCUUCGCCCUCCCGCUCGCGCCCGCACCGCACCCGCAUCCGGAAGACAAGACGCCCACGGCCGCGACCCUUCUCGCGCACGCCCAAUCCGCUCCUCGCCCGGGCGCCUAUCCCGCCCAGGCCGCCAUCCGCCGUCAUCCCGGUCCCCACGGUCAGGAGGUCCCGAUUGCGAUCCAGCCCGCACCGCCGCACCCAUCAUUCGCACCGGCGCCGCCGGCCCCCAGUUCGACAGUGCGGCAUCUCGCAAACUUCCCGAGCAUCGAGGAAGCGCUGGGCGGCGCCAAUGCGAACCCCAGCAACUCGGCGCACGCCGUCGCUGCCCGUGAGGUGUGGAACUGGUUCGCGGACCACCUCGACGCGUUGUUGGAGAGCGUGCGCUUUGGCCGCUACGACCAGUUCGAGCUGCAUGUACGCUCGUUCUGGAGUAGCCUUCAGGGCACGCAUCGUGAGAUCGUACACGCACCGGCAAUAGCGGGUUUGAUGGCCAAGGGAGACGCCCUUGUGUAUGAUGAGAUCUUGGAGAUCCUCCGCUCGCAGUUGUUGUCGACAAUAUCGCCGGCGGCUCUCGCCAGCUUGCGUGGACUCGCGGACAAGAUGGAGAAGAUUCUGCUCGUGGCACUGGAGGGAUACGGCAACACGUUCGUUGAGCCCAAGGUCGAACUCGGUGCUCGCUUUGGACAUCUCGUCUUGCGCUUCCUCGACAUCUACCAAGUCACGCAAGCACUGUCGACCGUGCUCAUGAACCAAAAGCAGGUCGCAGAGAUGCGCCGCUCAUGGGACAAGAUCGACUUUGAGAGUGUUCGAAACCAGUCUGCGUUAGUGUGCAACUGCCGGCACGAGGACCUGGUACAGCUCCUCGAGGUCGAGUUCCGCACGCUCAUGGACACUGUUCAGAAGAGCGCGGAGCCGGCGCGGGAGGUUAUGGCUUGGGCAGACAAGUGCUGCGAGAGAUUGAUGAGCGGUAGCCACGGUGGCCCGGGUGAAGAGCGCGGCACGUUGAGCUCGCGCUCAAUACUCAUCCGCUGGGGAUAUGUGACCAGUCAGGUCAUGCGCGAUCUUACCAUCCGCAGCGACCCCACUUUCGGCGCCUUCCAGAUUCUCAAGCUCUUCCUCGACGACUGGAUCGCGCUCAACGUCCUGCGAAACGUCGCAUUAUCGACAACAAGCGUGGCAGCGAGUGUCGAGCCCAUGAUGCAGCAACAUUUCAGCACACUCUCCCCGAUGAUGGGCCAGGAAUUCUACGCGGGUCCGAGUGGUAUGGGUCAAACACCGACGAGUAGCAGCAUGCUUGCUGCACUUCAACAAGAACCGUACGCAGACCCCGGCGCGGCAACUUUCAACCCGGAAAACUACGGGCUGGCGCACUACCUCGACACACCGGGUGGCGCAACGGACGAUCCGCUCACCUCUCAGCCUGGGCUUGGGGCCUUUGGCGAAUACGCGCCACCAUUCGACGUAUCCGGAUUCGUACCACACGAUCUCGGACUUGGGACGGGUACGCCGGGGCAAGAACAUGACGCGCUACCGGGCGCACCAGAAACGGCGAGCACGCCGGACGUGAAGGCCGAGGGGAGCUCGUGA